CCCGGCAUUCAUCUGUCUUUACUCUGACCAGUCAUGAACAUCAUCUGGCUUUGCCUCCCAGCAGCGCUGCUCGUUACUUCAGCCUUGUCUGUUCAAAUGACUGACAUAAGUAACCUCAGAGUUUUCCCAGGAUUCAAUCAAAGUAUUGCAGGAGUAAUGCUGGUCACCUCUUUAAAUGAGCUCAACCAGCCUGAGUAUGCUUUCAAUGCCAGUGAAGCUCGCAGGCUCUGCUGGUCCCUUGGACUGAACAUUGCUUCAAAAGCACAAGUACAGAAAGCUCUUUCUAGAGGUUUAGAAACAUGCAGGUUUGGAUGGAUCGAUGAACACUUCGCAGUCAUUCCCCGCAUCCACCCAAUUCCCAGCUGUGGCAAGAAUAAGAGCGGCUUGGUGCCAUGGCGAGCCAGCGUAAAACAAAAGUUUGAUGUGUUUUGCUUCAACGAGACAGAUGCAGCGAUACAACAGAUGGAUGAAGUAACUGACAGUCCUUUGAAGAGCACACAUGACGUGGGUCACACACACCACACCACAACACCACCAUCCACAUCUUCCUCCUCGACUCCUGAAACCCUCGACAGUGAGAUAGAACCAGCCCGCUUUGCCAGCAGCUCACAAAGCUUUACUGCAGGAAAAAUUGUGCUCAUCUUCUGCUCCUGUGCGCUUCUUCUGCUUAUAACAAUCAUCCUGGCAUACCUCAAAUUAAGACAUUGCUCUCAGAAGUCAGACGUGAAAGAGCAGAAAGAGUACAUCCAGACAGAAGAGUGGAUCUGUGUGAAGACCCCUACAGAAACCAAGAAAGCUGCUGAGGAAGAUGAGAGGAUAGAAGUGGGUGACGACGCACAAUAAACGUUAUUCUGAUGAGAAAUUGUUUGUGAUCCUCGAUUUGUGUUAAAUUAAGAGACAGAAUGGCUGUAACAUGAUUUCUUUUCGUAUUCUGUUAAAUGGUGCAUUUUAGCCAC